GCUCAACUCACCGCUUUGCCAGUUCUCCGUGUGCCUCGCUACAAGCUAGCGCAAUUCAAAGAAUUAUCUCAAAAAUUCGAAAAUAACUGUGAUACUUCUUUUGACAAUGCAGCUGAGGUCGAAAAGGGUCAGCAAGAAGCAUUAGGCAAGAAGAUUGUACAUGCCGAUGUUGCGUCAUUAUAUCAUAUUUCACGCGAUGCCCGACAAACUCUUAGCCAUGCACACUGCCUGCUUGCUUUACCCAGGCUUAUAGAGAAACGCAUCGUGGAUUUGGUCCAAAUUGAACUCCCUGGUGGCACCGUGCAAGCUGACUUCGCCCGUUUUCCUUCCGCGCGUACAAGACGUUUUCUAACCACUGGGCUAGCCAGGACUUCCAAGCUGGACGCUCAUAAUUUUUUGCCUCACGACCCUCAGGAUUUACCGCGUUGUCGACUUCGGAUUCCCAGAAUCAAUGCUAGGGAACAGGAUAGUCCACUAAGGACCAAUUACUGCUGUGAACCGGAUGUGGUAAAGGUUUCUAUGGCGUCUUCGGAGUUACGCCGUCUUCACUUCAAACUAAUCUCGUAG